GCGCAGAAUACAUUUCGGUUAUACGUGUUUUGAAACCUGUUAGCCAGUAACAUAAAUCAGCUAUGUUCGUCCCCGAAGCAAGAUAAUUUGUAGACGCAGAAUGUCAAGCUUUGUGAUGUGGUUUUCAAACACACAGUAGGGAACAAAUAAUCAAGAUUUCUGCCUGGAUUUCUGUGAACUGAAGGAUAAGGAUUCUCAGCCAUCAAGCUAUCGGGCAGAAAUUAUGAACUCUGUAAACACAAUCCUUCUCCUGAUCGUGUACUUGAUUCAGGUCUCUUUGGCGAAUCGGUUUUUGUUGCCGUCUUUAUCUUUACGACAGAGAACCCGAGGACAAGGAUUUUACGACGAAAACCAGUAUGAUGAUGGGUAUGCUGAGUAUACAGGGGCUGAAAAACGGACUUAUUCCGCAAUGCAGCGGCGUCGAAUGCAGAUUCAAAAUGUGAUGCAAGACGAACCACUAGAGAGGAAGGAAAGCAUAGAGGAUGUUUUAUUACGGGAGUUAACCAGAGGAGAACAUGAUAAUCAGGAAACUUACGAUGAAGAAUAUGCUAACAAGAUAGAGAAGAGCGAUAGAAGAUUUUCAGACUUUGAUAAUGAAAGAAGAAAAGAGAGUUUUGAUCAAUUGCCAAAGAGAACAUUCCUGUCUGAUGAAUUGAAAGAGCAAAUUGAAGAAGGGGUUGGAGACGCCAUUGAUGAUUUGGCUUUAAAGAGAGAAGAGGAGAAACUUAAAAAAGGACAGAAGAAGAGAAACUUUGAUCAUUUACCAGCUAAUGGAGACCUUUUCGAAGAGGACAUCGUCAUGGACCGUCGCUUGCGUUCAUGGGUGACUGGUCAGGUUGACAAGAGAGACGCCAUCAAUGACGUGUUUUAUUUGUGGCCUACAACUAUACAGGGUGGUAAAAGAAUCGUCAGAGUACCCUACAUGAAAUCAGAAGAAUUUAGCCUAGACCCUACCAAGAUGGAAUGCUUAAAUAACGCAAUUAAUUCUUUCAACAAGUAUACUUGUAUACGUUACGAACCUCUGGCAGAGGACGCAAAUGCAGACCAAGUGGAUCACGCGCAUUUUAUAAUAAAUCAGACCAUGUGUUACUCAAGUGUUGGAAGGCAAGGCGGGAGGCAGGACAUAUCCAUUGGAAACGGAUGCGAAAGGGUCGGAACUUGCAUUCACGAGAUGAUGCACACGAUAGGCUUCAUUCACGAACAGUCUCGACCCGACAGAGAUAAAUAUGUCAGGGUCUACUAUGACCACAUAAAGCCAGGUUUAGAACAUAAUUUUGAGAAGUAUACAGUAAGGGAAGUAAGGACGCUGCCUACAAAUAGAGGUUACUACGACUAUGACUCUGUUCUACAUUACAAUAAUCACGCAUUUUCUAAGGACUACCAUGACACGAUCCAAUCGAAAGAGAACCCAAACAGGAGGUUUGGUCAACGGGAAAGCUUCAGCAGACAUGAUAUAAAACAAAUUAAUCAGUUGUAUGGAUGCGACGUUGAAAAUCUUAACAAUCUUCUCCAAGAUGUUCCAUUUAAUUAGACAACUACUUCCGCAAAACGAUCCUUCAAGUUCUUGAUAACCUUGUAACUCUCAAGGUUUCACAAGUUAUUCUCUUCUUUCACUCUCCUACAAUUUUCCUUAAUGUAGUUGAGCCAAUUUAGUGCUAGACAUCCACCAUGCGUUUUUCUAUUCUUAUAACAUGUGCGCUGGAUAUUGCAUUACAAAUUCGAAGCUGUUAGAGCAGUUUUUAAUUACAAUUAAGUGUCGAAACCGCAGAAGCAAUGUAACUACCACUACCAAUGAGAACUCAAAACAAGCAACUUGAUUGAAGCGCGGGAAAAUGCGAGUGACCAAGUUGUUUGUUUUGCGUUUGAUUGGUUGAGAUGUUGGUGCGAGUUUUCUAGACCAAUCACAGAGUGAAUUAAAGCAAACCCAAACAAAAUCAGGAUCACCUUUGAUGCUUCAUUGAAAACUACUCUAACAUGUUCAUGAUUUAUGGGAGUCAAAAGUUUAAACAGGUCAGACGUCGCAAUUUUCAUGUGCUUAACUUAAAUAACAAUUGGGGUCGACCCAGUUAAUAAAGUUUAAAUCAUUUACUCAAUCUUUUAACUUAACAACUCAAAUUUUUACUUUGGUCAAAGUGCAACGUACAAAUAAAAAUCUAAUAAAUUGAACAGAUAUUCGGCACAUGGAAAGUUCGACGUUUGAAUCAAAGUCGCUCCACGGUCGAACUUCCCGUGAGCACAUGUCAAGCUAGAAGCUUGAGCUGGGCCUUAAACGACUUGAAGGACCGUUUUUGCUCUUGUAGAAACCCAGGCCCGAUACACAUACUAAUCGAUCAUGUGACUCUGUAACGCUUGUCACGCAAUUUUAAAUUUAUUUUCAGAGUAAAGGGAAUUUAAAUAAUAGUUUUUUUACGGCUAACGAAUGUUAAGCUACUGGUUAUGUAUGUAGAAGGUACAUUGGAUUUUUGUUACCGGUGCUCGGUAUCCUUGCGUUGUGUUUUCUUCGUUUCCAGAUUUAAACGUCAAUAAUCACUGCAAAGUGUGAUCAUUUGUACUCGAAAGGCGAUUGAGAAUUUAUGAAGAUUUACGGAAACUUUCUUAUGGUACAAAGGUUGCAUUUUGUUUAUUUGUUAUUGUUUUUUUUGGUGUUAGGUUAACACUCUCCAAUACGUUCCCUCUAAUUAAUACGGUAAAUGUUAGCAGCCAGCAACAAUCGAUUCUCCUUAAAUGCUAAUGAAAAUCAGACAAGAAAAGAAAAAGAAAAAAAUGAAAUGCAAGUGGCAAUGUCUAAUUGCUACUAAUGUAGUCACAAAGACGUUUUUUGUGGCUUUGUUGACUUUAUUUUCAAACAAGAGUUAGUUGCUAGGAGUAUAUCACCCUGAGGGUAAAAUGAUAUUUCAUCGAAUUCACUGGCUCAUAAAAAAGUCUUUCACAAACGGGUUAUCUAAAUGUGACACACCAAUAUGGCUGACGUUUCACUGUUGAGGUCAAUCAAUGUAGAUAUGUGAUAAUUCAGUUAUGGCUAAUUUUGUCCGUCUUUGCUGACAACAGCUGUGUUCAGAUAGAUAAUAAAGACAGAGUUUCUUCAUUA